AAAAGUGAAGUUUGUCUUGACCAGACAACAUUAUCAGUUUAUCACCUCUCAAUUACACCACAUCACUCACCGUCCACGUGCCCCGACAACUUUGUCAAAAACCCAAGUUAACGGUCUGAUCAAAUCAUUGUUCCAUCCAUUACACAGUACUUAAAAUAUCGUUGAAGAUGGCGAGUUUGCAAUUGAGACGAGAGAGUAGCAUGGACCAGCAGGAGAGUCCGAGGAGUCCAGAGGCAAAGCUUGGGAUGAAGGUGGAGGAUCUAUGGGGUGUUCAAGAACCAAAGCUUAGUCCUAAUGAAAAGCUCAACGCUUGCUUUGAGAGCAUUCCUGUCUCUGCUUUCCCUCUUGCUCCUCAAGGGAUUGAGAUAAAAUCGGAUGCUAGUUUAGCAGAGGCUGUUCAAAUACUGGCUCAAAACAAGAUUCUUAGCGCACCAGUUGUUGAUGUUAAUGCCCCUGACGAUGCAACAUGGAUUGACAGAUACAUUGGCAUUGUAGAGUUCGCUGGAAUUGCUAUAUGGAUUUUGCAACAGUCAGAACCACCUUCACCUAGAAGCCCUUCAUCUCCCAGUGGAACUUAUUUCGCGGUAUCUAUUAAUGGAAUGACCUCUGCUGUGGGACUCGGGACUUUAGGCCCCGAAGAUGCUUCGAUUACUUCGGGAGACUUUUUUGAGGCUCUAACGUCCUCCAAGUUUUACAAGAACACUAAGGUUCGCGAUAUCUCGGGGACGUUCCGAUGGGCACCAUUCCUUGCUUUGCAAAAAUCGAACUCAUUUUUGACUAUGUUGUUACUGCUUUCUAAAUAUAAAAUGAAGAGUGUUCCAGUAGUUGAUCUCGGUGAUGGAAAGAUCAAUAACAUCAUCACGCAGUCAGCUGUCAUUCACAUGUUAGCUGAAUGCACCGGGUUUCACUGGUUUGAAAGCUGGGGAACUAAGAAACUUUUGGAGAUCGGUCUUCCCACAAUGUCACCUAAGGAAAUUAUCAAAGUACACGAGGAUCAACCGGUUCUUCAAGCAUUUAAGUUAAUGAGGAAAAAUAGAAUCGGAGGCGUACCGGUAGUUGAAAGUGGAGGAAAAAAAGCUAUCGGUAACAUAAGUCUUAGAGAUGUACAGUUCCUUCUAACCGCACCAGAGAUCUACCGCGAUUACAGAUCUAUCACGGCGAAGAACUUCUUGAUAGCAGUUAAAAACUACUUGGAGAAACACGACAAGAGAUCGCCGAUGUUGAGCGGCACGGUUACUUGCAAGAGAGAUAAAACCAUCAAGGAAUUGAUCCAGACGCUUGACUCAGAAAAGAUCCAUCGUAUGUACGUAGUGGACGAUGACGGGAAUUUGGAAGGAGUAAUAACACUUAGAGACAUCAUAUCGAGGUUAGUACACGAACCGCACGGGUACUUUGGUGAUUUCUUCGACGGUGUGUUGCCUUUACCGGAGAACUGUCGGGUUUAAAAGUAAUCAAAAACACUAGAUGCCUUCCAUUUUUCUUUGUGGUUCUGCUUUUCGGAUUUCUGAUGUUGAGACUAAUCGGAGAUGCAGAUUGUAACACAGGCGAGAAAGCCCGUUUACUUAAUUAGGCUUGACAGGUUCCCAUUUCUGUAAAUUUUUGGUGUAUCAAUGAAACUCAAAAGCUUGAACUUUCUGUGUUGCAAUCUUAA